CAACCACGCCUGGUCUUGUACAAGCUUUGCUGAGGUGCACGUUUGACACUUUUCAACGCUUUCACGUUUCCACGGACAUGUCUCUCGGAAAAGCUGCCCGCAAUUUGACGCGACCGCUGCGGGGCGUCCUGCGGUGUCCGGCUCUGAACCGGAGCUACGCCACCGCAGCCGCCGCCGCCAGGUCGGUGCUGGAGCAGGAGCUCGACACGAUCAGAGCCGCCGGGACGUGGAAAGCGGAGAGGGUCAUCAUCUCCAAGCAGGGUCCUCACAUCAACGUGGACGGCAGUCGUGGCAGUAUGUUGAAUUUCUGUGCCAACAACUACCUCGGACUGUCCAGUCACCCGGAGGUGGUGCAGGCAGGCAUCGACGCUCUCAAGUCCUAUGGUGCCGGAUUGAGCUCCGUGCGAUUCAUCUGUGGGACACAAGAUCUGCAUAAGAACCUGGAGCAGAAGCUGGCAGAGUUUCACGAGAGGGAGGACUGCAUCCUGUACGCCAGCUGUUUCGAUGCCAACGCUGGACUUUUUGAGGUGCUGUUGGGUCCAGAUGACGCGGUGCUGUCCGACGAGCUGAACCACGCCUCCAUCAUCGAUGGGAUCCGCCUGUGUCGAGCAAAGAGGAUGCGCUACAAACACAUGGACCUCGGCGAUCUGGAGAACAAGCUCAAAGAAGCUCAGUCUUCUCGCAUGCGCCUGGUGGUGACAGAUGGAGUCUUCUCUAUGGACGGAGAUGUCGCUCCCUUACAAGGAAUCUGUGACCUGGCUGAAAAUUACGGAGCCAUGGUCUUUAUAGACGAAUGUCACGCCACCGGUUUCCUAGGGGAACGGGGCAGAGGAACAGACGAGCUGCUAGGAGUGAUGGAUAGAGUUCAUAUUGUCAACUCCACUCUGGGAAAAGCACUGGGAGGUGCAGCAGGCGGCUACACAGUUGGUCCCAAGCCUCUCAUCGACCUGCUGAGGCAGCGCUCGCGGCCCUACCUGUUCUCCAACUCCCUUCCUCCUCCCGUGGUGGGCUGCGCCACCAAGGCCGUGGAGCUGCUGCUCGCCUCCAACGAGAUCGCACAGAGCAUGACGGCCAAAACCAUGAGAUUCAGGAACAAGAUGACGGAGGCCGGCUUCACCAUCGCAGGCUCCGCUCACCCCAUCUGUCCCGUGAUGCUCGGCGACGCAAAGCUGGCCUCUCUGAUGUCCGACGACAUGCUGAAGCUCGGCGUGUAUGUGAUUGGAUUCUCCUACCCGGUCGUACCGAAGGGCAAAGCCAGAAUCCGCGUCCAGAUUUCGGCGGCGCACACGAACGAAGACAUCGACCGCUGUGUCGACGCUUUCAUCCAGACGGGAAGGAAGCACGGCGUCGUCUCCUGAGUCCGGGAAACACUUUCCCUUUCCAGAUCACGCUGCCUGUUACUAAAGACCUAUGAAUGAUAUUGAUGGAUUUAUCGGUUACACUUGCAGGUCAGAGGAGGCGAAUGUUAUUGUUGUGUUUGCUCAGCCAAAUAAAGCACUUCAAGUGUAGGUGUUUGUAAUAGAACAAAAAGGGCUUUUUAAAUCCGUAUUUGCCUCAAUUUUUUGGUCUUGAAAUGUUUCUAUUGAGCUCUUAGAUCUGUCUAGUAGAGAUAAGUCUGUGAUUUUAACCACAAUUGUGAGGAUAACAAUGACAAGUUUAGAGAUGCUACACGGGUUAAACUCCUCCUUAAAUAACAAAAGAAUUGGGUUUCUGGGUUUUGCAUAUUAGUGAGAGAUUUUUAUGGUUGGUUUCAUGUUCAUAGUCUGAAAGAACUCAUCUGAAAUCUCCUUUUAACAUGUGACAACACAAGUUUGUUGCAUCGCAGCUUAUUUAGAAACCUGGCCAGUAGUGGUCGCACAAGAGUCAGUGUGCUGAAAAAUGUGCUCACAGUGAUGACUGUAAAAACACUAUAACUUAACAUCUCAAAAUAAUUAAAAGUUUCCUGAAACCAAA